AGCCAAUCUCUCCUAUGUCGGGCUAUCCAACGUUGCCCCCCCGAAGGCCGGAAAUAAUAUUAGGAUGGUUGGACGGUUAAAAGCUGUUCUGCUCCUCUGGCAACCCUACAACGCGUCAUUUUCGCAUUUAACUCCCAACUGGGAUUCACAACCGACUUCUGCUUCGUCUUUCACACGUCAGUACUUUCUCCUCAAGGCAAAUCGCGCUUGUGGAACCGAGUUUCCUACCCAUUUCUCUCUACUCCUCCUUCUAGUUAUUGGAUCCACUCUGCUUUACAUCGCAGAUCCCAAAUGCCUGCCCACUGUAAUUAGCAAGUAGAAAAGAGGAAAAAAAUCUCAUCUUUUACCCAUCUUCUCCCUCCGCCCUUCCUAGAUAUAGCUCUCUCUUUAUGACACAAUAAAUACUAUAUUGUCUCAGUCGCCAGCUCCAGGCAUAUAUAUUCACAAAGGAGGUGAGCUAUAGAUUUGAAAGGUUCGUCAUGAUCAAACGGGCACCUAAUAGGAAUGCUAGAACCAAAGGCAUCAAGGUAAAGCAUGUUCUGCAGAUUUGUUUAUUGCUUGGAGUCUGCUUCUGGUUAAUCUACCAGGUCAAGCAUUCCCAUGAUAAGAAAGAGGAAUUUGAUGAGAAAGAGGGAAAAUUCUCUGUAACUCAAAGUAAUGAUGGGAUUUCAAACUUGGGAAGGAAAGGCCUCCAUCCUCAUGUGCAGGAGUUAACUAAGGAUGAGAAACAUGAGGAAGUUGAUGAUGAAGAAACUACAGUAGAGGAGGAAGUAAAUAAGAUGGAAGAAAAUAAGCGAGAACAAAAGCAGGUGGAAGAUGAAACUAAGCGUGAAGAAGAAGAGCAAGAAGAAGGAACUAAGCAUGAAGAAGAAGAGCAAGAAGAAGGAGCUAAGCAUGAAGAAGAAGAGGGAGAGGAAGAAGGAACGAAGCAUGAAGAGGAAGAGCGAGAAGAAGAUGAAGGAAGCAAGCAUGAUGAGGAAGGGAGAGAAGAAGAAAACAAGCAUGAAGAUGAAGAGCAAGAAGAAGAAACCAAGAGUGACGAGACAGAAGAUGAGAGGAGAGGAGGUGGGGAUGAUGAGAUAGAUGAACAUGAUCAAGAGAAAAUAGAAGGAGAAGCUGAUCGUGAGGAAGAUUUUGUUGAUGAAGAGAGAGAUAGAGAAGAAGGGGAGGAAAAGGAAAGUGGAAAUGGUGAAGCUGAAGAUAAGGAGGCUCAAAUGGGCCAUGAAACUUCAACAGAAGAUGAAGAUCAUGAUGGAGGUGAGCAGAAUGAUCAUGAGGCUCGAGAAGAACAUUACAAGGCAGAUGAUGCUUCCAGUGCAGUAACCCAUGAUACCCAAAAUAUAAGCACUGAAACUGAGAAGAUAAGUUCUGAGAACUCAAAUGAGAACUCAGUAACAAAUGAUUUAGAACUGGAGAAAAAAUCCAAUAACAUUGACACCAACGAUGUCAAUGGGGAUAAAACAAACUCAAAAUCAGAGCUUGGAGGUGUAACAGCUGGUGAAAAGAAGGAUGAUGAUAUCAUCAACGCUGAGGAUCUAUCAACCAAACAUGCAACAUUUGUUUCUGUAUCCAAUGACCAAGCAGAACUAAGCAAUACAUCAAUAGAUGUAAAUGUAGAAGCUGGCAAUAACACAGCACGUGGGAGUACCAAGACUUCUGGUUCAUCCCAGAAUAAUGGAACACUAGUUACAUCUGAUUCAAAUCAAGUUCAAAAUGCAACAAUUGGUGGUGCUAGCACUGGGAAAGCAUCUAACCUGAAAACCGCUGAAUUGGAACAGGUUAAUAGCACCAUGGUUUCCGGUAACAGAGAAACUGAUUCUAAUUCAAGUAUCCCUGAUAAAACUGAGAAUGGUGACAUGGGUGCUGCAGAUUCAAAUUCCUCUACUAAAUCAGAGCCAGCUGGAUCAGAUAAGGUCGUUAAACCUGAAGUCACUACUGAAGCACAGGUCAAGUCUGAUGGAUCAGAUAAGAUCAUUAAACCUGAACCUGAAGUUAAAACUGAAGCAGAGGUCAAUUCUGGUUCAUCUUCAACAACAAAGGAGACUGCAGAUGCUGCUAAAGACGAGAACUCAGAUGUCAAGAAUGAAUCAGGUGGAGCAGGAGGAGACUCAGGCUCUUCUGCAACAGAUGGAACUGAAGCCGUUGUUCAGGAUCACAUUGAUUCUUCUGAUUCUUCAGUUGGCCAAGAAGAGAAACAGGCUCGAAUAAAUCUGGAUACUCUGCCAGAGAAUAGUGGAGUAGGAGUUAAUAGCCGAGAUGCUGCGGCAGAAUGAGAAUUUUUAUGAAAUGCUGUGUGCUUCUGAGUGAUCUAAAUGUUAAGUUACUUGCUCACUCUGUUUUGAUGCGCAAACAUGGAGAGCUUGGAGUAUUUCCUGUCAACUUUGGAAUAUGAUGUAGGAAUACAGUUUUAGCAUUGCAAAUAUAGGUAGAUUGAUGCCAUUCAUAGUUGUUUCUGUAUAAUUUAUUGCAAACUUUUGUUGAUUUUCCUUUUAACAUCUUUCUUUUUAGGUAUUUUUCUGAUGUUAGUGAGUGGCUUGUUCAUUUUAUGAUAUAAAUUGAGGUUUUCAAGA